AUGCCCUUCAACGCCUUCUCCUUCACCGCCCUCCCAAAGAAACCUCACCUACCCACCUCCUCCACCCCGCACCCACACCCCCCACACUCGCACCCCUCAACCUACCUCUCCAACCCCUCUUCCUACAACCCCUGGAACCCCAAGACGCCCAGCCACCACCUCUACCGCUCCUUCAAAUCCUUCACGUGCGCCGAGAACGCCGCGCGCCUGCAGCGCGGCGAACAGCCCUUCUGCACGCCUGCGGGCCGCGACCGCGCGUUUGAGAAACUCAUGCGGCUGAGUAAGGGCGAGGAGCCGAUUGGGUGGGCAAUUGACGAGGGGGGCUGGGAUGGGGAAUUUGAAGGGUUUGUGGAUUGGGGCGGGCAGAUGGAGAUGGAGGAGGAGAGGGUGGGGAGGUGGGUGUUGGGGAACAGGGGGGAGGGAGAGGAAGAGGAGAUGCGUAGGGCGGUGGAGGAGGGGGAGAAGCAGAUGGAGAAGGAGAGGAAGGAUAGUAAGGAGGUUUAUCACGGGAAGAAUGGAGAGGGGGAGUGGGAGGCGGUGGGGAAGAUGAGGAUUGAUGAUAAAGACGAGGAUGAGUUUGCGGAUGCGGAUACGAGUCCGGAGCAUCGGGAGGAUAUCGGGGAUGAGGAUGAUGGGCUGGAGGAUAUGACGAUUUGCUGA